CCCAAAAAAAAAAAAAAAAAAAUCCCGUUUAAUAUUAAUGAAGUCGCGAAUUGGCUCCGACUCGCGUCAGUCCCGCUGUGCGACUUCUGUAAGCUGGCUCACUUCCUUCAACAUUAUUAUUCCUGGGCAACGCUGGUUGGCACAGGAAAAAAAAAAAAAAAAAAAGUAUCCCAAAAAUGUUGCCGAGCCUCCGUACGUGCACCGAGUGAAUGGAGGCACCCUCGUCACCGGGAGGAGAUCCUGCAUUACCGGGCCACAGACAGCAACACACACCGAGCGGCGUGUUGAGUUCUCCGUAAACGUCCAGCCCUCGGCCUCCCCAUGCCUCCAUCUCCUCUCGACGACAGAAUUGUGGUGGCGCUGCCAAGGCCGAUCCGACCUCAGGAACUCCAACUGCGACUGGACACCAGCUACCUGGACUCCAUCGCCUCCACCAGCAGCGACGAGACGGUCAUUAGCACCACGGUGGUGAAGAUCCGGGCGACGGCUAAUCUUGUGACGUAUAUGCCCUCAUCCAAGGGUUCCACGCGCUCCUUGUCGUGCGGAUGCAGCAGUGCCAGCUGCUGCUCGGUCACCACCUACGAGAAGGACAGCCCGAGCCUGAACCACGGUCAGGUGAGCGCCAGCAGCCCCAACCUCAGCUAUGCCGGGCCCCCCAUGCUCAGCAACCACGAAGCAUUAAGCGCCACCAGCUUCGCCCCGGGCACCGCCUCCUCCCUGAGACUAAUCCACCCAAAUGAGCUGGCCAAGCGGAUGACCUGCUGCCCCAUGGGCCACCCCAUUGGGCCCGUGCCGGUCAUCAUCGACUGCCGCGCCUUCACGGAGUACAACACGAGCCACAUCCGGGGGGCGGCGCACAUCAACUGCUCCGACAAGAUCAGCCGGCGGCGGCUGCAGCAGGGAAAGAUCACCGUCUUGGACCUCAUCUCCUGCCGGGAGGGCAAGGACCCACUUAAGGGCAUCUUCUCCAAAGAUAUCGUGGUCUACGACGAGAGCACCACGGAUCCCAACCGGCUUGGGCCCUCGCAGCCCCUCCACGUGGUCCUGGAGUCGCUGAGGAGGGAGGGCAAGGACCCCAUCAUUCUCAAAGGAGGCCUUAGCUGCUUCAGGCAGAGCCACGAGAACCUGUGUGAACACUCGCUGCACCUUCACGACACUUUGGACUCGGGCGCAGCUGCCGGCCUCUCGGGGACGCUACCUCACACCCUGCCCUCCACCCCGGACAUCGAGAACGCCGACGUGACGCCUGUCUUGCCCUUCCUCUAUCUGGGUAACGAACGCGACGCUCAGGACGUCAACUUGCUGCAGCGGCUGAACGUGGGCUUCAUCCUCAACGUGACCACCCACCUGCCGCUCUACCACUACGACACGGGCCUGUUCAUCUACAAGCGCCUGCCCGCCACCGACAGCAACAAGCAGAACCUCCGCCAGUACUUUGAGGAGGCUUUUGAAUUCAUCGAGGAAGCCCACCAAGCUGGUAUGGGCCUUCUGAUCCACUGCCAGGCCGGCGUGUCUCGCUCCGCCACCAUCGUCAUUGCCUACUUGAUGAAGCACACCUGGAUGACCAUGACGGACGCCUACAAGUUCGUUAAGACCAGGAGGCCCGUCAUCUCCCCCAACCUCAACUUCAUGGGCCAACUGCUGGAGUUUGAGGAAGACCUCAACAACGGGAUCACGCCGCGGAUCCUCACGCCAAAGCUCAUAGGUGUGGAGACCGUCGUCUGAAAGCACCCAGCGACGCCGCUCACUCGGGUGUCCGGUUCGCAAUGUGAGUACGCCGCCAUUUUCUUCUCCCAUCUCCCCGCCCGGGCUUGUCUCGGACUCUCUGGAGUGCCAAAGCUGCGCGGGUCAGCACUCGCCAAAAAAAGAAAAAAGAAGUCCCUUCUAUUUGGAAACCGGAGAUGUCGGGACAGACAGACAGAGAAUAUGCUGGGGAUGUGCGGAUAGAAGAUGUGACUGGAGGAACUCCGCUUCACACUGUGGCUCGCGUGAUGGCGGGAAUGCACCCCCCCAUGAAAAAUAAACAGUAGAAGACA